AUGUUCUGUCACAAAAUAAGGACACAGCAGCUGAGGAGACCCAAGGGCGCGCUGUGGAGCGGGCGCUGGCGGCUGACCGGAGCAGACACCCGCACCCUCGGGCUGGGAGUGCGGACGGCCUGGCGCUCACUGCACAAGGCUGCAUCCCGGGAAGCUGUGGCGUGGACGUGCGGGGCUCCGGGUCCCAGGUUCUCAGCGGGGAUCCCGGGCCCUGGGGCCUCCGACAGUGUUCAGAGGCGUUUCCGGGAGUCGCCACAAGAGGGCGCCGCGGGCGAAGGCUCGCGAGCCGAGCCAGGAGGAGGAAACGCGGAGAGCAGAGGCGGCCCUCGCGGCGCCGCUUCCAUCUCCCGGGCACGGGAUGAGGCUAUGAAGCGGGCGGAUGGGGACAGGGACCCGAGCGCGCUCAGGGCACGGGAAGCUCCUGCUGAUGCAAAGCGGAGCCCGGCGACUGGUCCAACAGCGACGUCCACAGCCGCCCCCCUCUCUGCGGAGCCCGGGCCUGGAGCGCAGGCAAAGCCGCGUGUGCGGAGCUUUCCUGUGCGCAGCGCUGUGUGCAGCGGGACGCACUCAUCGGGUGCAGAGCGGGACAGGGACGGUGACGGAAGCAGGCGGCCGGGACCGGGAAGCGCAGGGAACGCUCAGCGCUUCUCUCCCAGCGCCUGGAGCCUCCUGCGCGGCGGCCCAGGGCAACGGGCAGGGGACAGCGGCGAGGACCCCGGGCCGGACCAGCCUGUGCGCCCCGUGGGCGUGACUUCCACCAGAGGAUUAGAGGCCGCUGGCAGGCCGCGUGGUCCGCGCUUUCCGCGCUGCGGCGCUCAGUGUGAAAUCCCCGCCGGCCAGGCCUCGCCCGCACACCCGGCCCCGCCCCCCGGAGCUGCGCCUUGCGGCCCGGGCUUGCCGCGCUGCUCUGCCUCGCUGAGUCCCUGGGACGGUGGGGGGGGGGGGCGGCCCGGAGCGGCGGGCAACGCGCGCGUCCCUCUGUUUUCCGGGGCUGAGUCCGAGCCCGCGGCUGGGCGCCUGGAAGCGCGAGUCGGGGGCGGCGGCCCACCCGGAGCGGCACCCUGGGCCCCCCCUGAGCCGAGCUCCAGACCCCACCUCUGGGCCGAGCCCGGCGCCGCGGUGCCCAAGGGGCAGCCAGUGACCGUGUGGUGCCAGGGCCCGCCGGACGCCGAGGAGUUCCGGCUGCAGUUCGAGGGGCGCCUCUUUGCCCGGGGGAGGCCGCGGAGCCCCGGGGCGCCGUGCAGAGUCCCGGUCCUCAUCCCGGCCCUGAGCUCCCACAGCGAGGGGCUCUGGUCGGAGCCCAGCGACGCCCUGGACCUGGUGGUGACAGGUGACCCCCGUGCUUCCCGGUCCAAUUUAGAAAGGGGCCGGGGCCGCGGAUCGGUGCCAGGGCCCUCGCCCCCACCCGGUGCCGGUGCUGCCGCCCAGGACCGAAGCCAGACACCGGAGAUGCCCUUGGGGGAGCAAGUGACCUUGUUCUGCCGCCUGGAGACAGCGACCGCGACUGGCGAGUUCUUCCUGCUCCAGGAGGGGAGGCCCAGGAGCCUGCCGCAAGGCCGGGGCUCCAUCCAGGCAGAGUUCCCCCUGGGCCCGGUGACCGCGGCCCACCAGGGCACCGACAGAUGCUUUGGCUCCUACUACAGCCAUGCCUGGUCCUUCCCCAGCGCUCCCGUGGAGCUCCGGGUCGCGGGAGGCGGGAACACCAGCUUCUCACUCACAGACCCCACUUCUCCAGACAGCAGUGGGGCUAAGCCAGGCCAGGCUGGGCGCUGUGCAGCGGCCGCCCAGCAGGGGGCGCUCGAGCCAGCAACAGGACGUCAGGGAGAGCCCGGGUCCGCGGGGGGAGAGGUCCGGGGAGGGGGCGGCUCCCCGGCGGGAGGACGGCUGCAGGGAGGCGGGAGGUGCGGGCCCGCUGCCCUACAGGUCCUCCUGUCCACAGCGGCUGCGGACGCUGAGGAGCCCUGCGCGAUGCCCACAGAGCCGGGCGCCCGGAAAGGUCAGUGGCAGCGGCGGCGGCUGUUCGGCGGGGCUGGCGGGGCGGCGGCCGGGAGGGCGGAGGCGACGCCGGGUCCACGCUCAACCGGCUCUGCUCGGUCCGCAAGCCCGCUGCUCUGGGGCCUCACCGCCCAGAACCUCCUGUGGCUCGGCCUGGCGCUGCUGGCCCUGGCGGCCCUCGUGGCUGAAGAGCGGUUGAGCAGGAAGAGGGCGCGCGUGAGCCCACGGAGUCGCAGCGCGGUAGCGCGGGGAAGCCGGGGCGCCGAGCCGGGCGGGGAAGGGCCCUAAGGGCCGCGCCUGACCUUGCUGGGGGCUCCGCGGGGCCGAGGCGGGGUCCGCGGGGAAUCCGCGGGGCGCGUGGGCUCCCGGGGGCGUCCUGGGGCCGGGCGAAGGGGCUGGGCCUGCUGCACGCGCCUCCUCGCAGCCUCUGCCGGGCUGGGGUGUUUGUGCAGCUUCCUGCACGCCGUGUUUUCACCGCUCGGGGCUGUCGUGGAAGUCGCGCUCCUUCAACAGCAGGGCCACGGGAGAUUCCUUCCUACUUAGGUGCGCGCGCGCGCGGGUGUGAGCGCGCGUGGUACCGAGGACUGAGCCCCGGCUCUGCACUGUGCUCCAUCCCCAGCCCCCCGUGUUUGUUCCUGUGCUGGGACAGACUCUUGCUAAGUAGCAAGUAAGAUCCUGUCUCAAGUAAGCCAGAAGAAAAGGGCCGGAUGUGGCUCAGCGAGGAGGCUCUGGGCCCAGUCUGCAGCGCCAGGGAAAGGGUUUAACCCGGUCCUGUGCGCAGUGUGCUAGGUUUCCUUAGAUCAGAAUGCGGCGGCCUGUUCUUCAAAGAGUUGUUAUCGGGUUUCAGUAAAAUGCUGUUUUCUCGUAAAAUUUGUAUCCUGUAUCUCACAGGAGUACAUGGUUUAGUCUAAGAUGGAAAGUAGACGUUAAAAUCUAAAGUACUUCAGUGUAUUUAAGUGUAAAACUUGUUCAUUAGCUUUUUUCCCCCUGAAAGGUCUAAACAGAGCCUCUGCACUGAGCUACAUCUCUAGUCAUUUAGUUUUAUUUUUUCUUUUGAGUCAGGGUCCUUCUGAGUUUCCUAGGCUGAGCUCGGACUUGUGAUCCUCCUGCUUUGGCCUCCCCACCACCAUCUUUGAACGUGGACCUCCUAGUUUUCCAUACCUUGCAUUAUUUAAUUUAUGUCUAUUUUAGUUUUCUGAUAUAAGAGAAAUCACUCAACAUUUAACUUUCUCAGUGUGGCCCAUUUCACAUAAUGUGAUGGAUUCCAAUUCAAUCUCCUUUCCUACAAAUGUCGGGGUUUCAUUCUUUCUGGGUGAGUAGUACUCCAUGGUGAAUGUGUACAAGUCAGUUCUUAUCCAUCCUUGGCUGAUGGACCUCUCUGCUGUUUCCACAGCUCAGCGGUUGUGCACUGGUCACCUCCUGUGCCUGCUCAGGCUGCGGGCCCUGGGGAGGGAGCAGGGCUGACAGGCGGGGGUGAGUGCCCCACUCCCCCUCACUUGGCAUCUGCCUCAGGCCCUUGGGCCCUGCUGGGUGUGCCUAGGGGGACACAGUACUGAGGAGCGCGGGGCAUCUGCACCCCACUUCGCACUCGGGUAGACGCGAGCUGGGCGCCCAGAGCAGACUCCGCCACGCUGCCUCGCCAUCCCAGGGCCCUCCAGGCCCGCGUCCCAAGGAGCUGAUCACAGCCACCCCGGCUAG